AUUAUUGCUGGAACAUAUGAGCGUUUAUUGUAUGGACUGUCUUGCUCCACUAGUCCUGACAACACUAUCACUCCAGUUUUUAUCUACCCAGCACACAUCAACUGUAUCAAGACGGUUGCAGCUGGGUGUCGAUUUCUAGCCACUGGGUCCACUGAUGAGCAUGUCAAACUAUACGAUCUCCGAAAAUGCAAAGAGGUUGGAACAUUGAUGCAUCACUCUGGUACAAUCACUGCUCUUGCGUUUUACAAUAGUUCUCAUCUCAUGACUGCAUCCGAGGAUGGCACAAUCGGCAUUGUGCGAUCGAGUGACUGGGAGCUACUCAAGACUUUAAAAGGACACACCUCGUCGAUUCUUUCUAUUGCUGUUCAUCCAUCUGGAAAGAUUUUAUUAAGCGUUUCCAAAGACAAGACUCUUCGGUGCUGGGAUCUGAUGCGUGGCGUGUGCGCAUAUACACUUAAAUUGCAUGCUAUUGCCGAACAGGUUGUUUGGAGUCCUUCAGGCAGUCAUUAUGCUCUUCUCUUUAGCAAUUCCGUUAUCGUUUAUCUCGUAGAAACUGGCGACGUUUUUGGGAAAUUCGAUAGUCCCCGAUCAAGACUCAAUGCCAUAUCCUUCACUUUGUGUACUGCUUCCGACUCUACGAAAACAGAGGUAAUCAUUAUUGGUGGUGAGGAUAAAAUCAUUACAGUCAUAUUGCCUACUGGAAAAGUGUCUAUGCAAUGGAAAUCAGGACACGACUCGCGUAUAAAAGAUAUUGCGGCAUUGGUGUGUACAAAGCGCCAAACGACUGUUUUUGCAACAUGUUCUUCGGAUGGAGCCAUUUUCAUAUGGGAUUUAAAUAUG